AUGAACGAAGCUGAUGGUCAGCAGACAGACAGCAGCCAUCAGGCAGCAAAGCAGGGAAUCCAGAGGAAAAAUGAUCCAGGAGAAGCUAAUUCACGCCAAGAUGACAUUGUGCAUAGAAGAACGCCACGCAGUGCUGUGAGCUGCAAUCAGAGUUGCUAUUGGCCUAGAUCGGAAAAUGGAGCAGUCAGCAUCCCAGUUAACAUCUCUACAGAAUUUUCCCUGGAGCAGAGGCUUGUGAUAGCUGAAGCCAUGCAAGAGUUUGUCACGCUGACCUGUAUCCGUUUUGUUAGUCGCACAACAGAACAUGACUACAUAGAUAUUGUCCCGGGAGAUAAGUGCUGGUCUUAUUUUGGGAGGAUCGGAGGCAGGCAGCAUUUGGGCCUGCUGAAACCGGGCUGCAUAUAUAAAGGAUUAAUUCAGCAUGAGCUCAACCAUGCAUUGGGUUUCCUGCAUGAACAGACCCGGAGUGACAGAGAUGAUUACGUUAAAAUCAACUUGGAGUAUGUUGCAGCCGGAGAACAGGGGAAUUUUGCAAAAGUGAACUCCACUAAUCUGGGUCUUCCAUAUGACUACAGUUCAGUGAUGCACUAUGGAGCAUACGAUUUUUCUAACACUGCUGGGAAAGCAACCAUUGUCCCUGUCCCGAAUGCAUCUGUACCAAUUGGGCAGAGGGCAGGGCUGAGCAAUCUGGAUGUGAAGAAAAUCAACAAGCUCUACAGCUGCAAUAAUUGUAGCACUGUGCUGAGCAGUCCAACUGGCAAGUUCUCCUCGGACAAUUUCCCACAUGCUUACCCCAACAAUGUCUCGUGUCUAUGGCUGAUCCGAAUCCCAGAAAAAAAGGUUUUUCUGAGUUUUCAUGUCAUGGAUCUCCAGCCCUCCCCAAACUGUGCCUCGGACUACAUCCGGGUUUAUGACGGAAUCAGCCGAAAUGCCCGGGUGCUCGUUGACAAUUUUUGUGAGGCAGGGACAUUGCCUGCUGUGGUGGCUUCUGGAAGCAUGUUGCUUGUCGAGUUUGUGAGUGAUGAGGAUACCUCUGCAGCGGGUUUUUCAGCGUCCUACACUCAUGUGAAAUGUGGGGGGACUUUCACUGACAUGUCUGGAGCAGUCAUCUCCCCAAACUUUCCUGGAAGGUACCCUGCAAACCAAGCCUGCCUGUGGAUUAUCAGUGCUCCAGGAGGAAGCAGGAUAUCCUUAACAAUGGCCUUUUUCGAACUGGAGGACGUUGCUGGGUGUAGGUAUGAUCGACUUGUCCUUCAUGAUGGCAGUCAAAACAGUUCCCCUCUCAUUGGCACAUUCUGUGGAAACACUGACAUCCCCCCUUUCAAUUCGACCGGGAGCUUCCUACGGAUAGAAUUUUAUACUGAUAUUGCCUUUGAAUACUCUGGAUUCCGUCUGGACUACUCAAUCAGUUAA